AUGGCCGGCGCCGCGGGCCUUCUCCCCGUGCUCGUCCUCGCAGCGUUGCUGCUUCAAGCGCCUUCCACCGCGUCCGCCCGCCUCUGGAUCUGGAACGGCGGCCUCGUCCCCUUCAUCCCGGAGCAACGCGCAGCGGAGGCCGUGCUCACCGCCGCGGAGUCCGCCAGAGCGACGGGGCCUGCCGCCGGUACCGUCGCUGCUGGCACGGAGACGGAUCCGCCGCUCUCGCCCCCGCCAGUUUCAGCCGCAGCCCCGACGCCAGCUCCGACGCCAGCCCCGGCGGCGGCUCCUGCGGCGGCGCCCGCGCCAGCUCCUGCCGAAACGUGCGACGACGCGCCAGUGGACCCUUCGAUCGUGUCUGGGUCCGCGCCCGAUCCGUGUGCUGCGCUGGCGGCGGAGCUAACGCGGAGUGUGGAGAAACAGGGGAACAAGACCGGAGGGAAAUGGUCGCAGCCCCCUCUCUCUUCCAGGCUUGCUACUCGACAUUUCUGUUCAGAAGUGCGACGUGGGGGCCUGCUGUCGAUCGCGAACGCGUUUGACAAUCACUACGUGUACAAGCACAUCGCCGUUGACUCGCCGGACCAGACCAACCUGCCGAGCAGCAUCGAUAUUGUCGCGGAGCUGAGAAAGAUCGUUGCGAACGGCGAGAAGGGGAAGUACUCUCGGCUGGUGGACGCGCACAUGGCGGCGUACACAGCGACCCUGGCGCUCAACGAUGGGCACAGCAUGUUCGUACUGAAUUGUUUCCUUGGGACUUACGACUUGCCGUUGCCACUCAUGGUUGUUGUGGAAGACGGGAAGCAGAUCAUUCGCGUUGCACCACGCCGAUGCGCUGCUGCUAGCGACACCAGCAGCCCGCAGGCAACCACGCUCACUUCCAUCGGCCAUAAGGCAGACAUUCCAGUGAUGGACAAGUCUCUCAAGCGCCACCCUGAUCCAGUGUACUACGGCGAUACCAGCGAUGACAGCGACGACCUGAAUGUCGAGAUUGCGUCGCUUUCUGCAGCGGCAGAUGGCUCUUCUGGUGCAGUAGCGGGGCAGACUGUAACGCGGAUCUCACCAAAGGGUGAAUAG